AAAAAAAAAAAGGAAAAAAAAUUUACAGAGGAAGUUUCAUUAAAAAUAAAUAAAAAAAGAAAAAGAAAAAGGGGAAAUGUUGGAAGAAGAAGGAAAGGAGAGGGAGGGGUGUUGAACGCGCACACUUUCCUCUCUUCUGUUUCAUCGUUUCGUACCACAAAGGGAGAGGAAACAAGAAACUGGGAGGGGCAUAUUCGUAAAUAAAAGAGAAAAAAAAGAGGAAGACGAAGAAGAAUUAGAAUUCGAUCGGAGAAUAUUUGUUUCGGUUUCGGAUCGGGGCCGUGUUGUGUGAAGGAGGAAUAAGAAAGAAGAAGAAGAAGAAGAUGGUUGGGUGGGAUAGGAUUAGGCCGUCUCGACCAACGAGGUUGGGUCGUGGUUCGGAUUCGAACCCUCGGCACGAACGCAUUCCUUCGUCUCGGACUGUUCGACUCGGCCGAGUUCAGCCUCAGGCUCCUGGUCACCGUACCAUUUACUGCAAUGAUCGCGAUGCUAAUCUUCCUGUUAGAUUCAAGGGGAAUUCUAUAUCAACUACGAAGUAUAACUUCUUUACUUUUUUGCCAAAAGGACUCUUUGAACAGUUCAGACGGGUAGCUAAUCUGUACUUUCUUACCAUCUCAAUUUUGUCAACAACACCUAUCAGUCCUGUGAGUCCAAUUACGAAUGUGCUCCCUUUGAGUUUGGUGCUUCUUGUUUCUCUAAUUAAAGAAGCAUUUGAGGACUGGAAGCGGUUUCAGAAUGAUAUGGCAAUAAAUAAUAAUCCUGUGGAGGUGUUACAAGAUCAAAGGUGGGAAAGUAUUCCUUGGAAGAAGUUGCAGGUUGGGGACAUUGUCAGGAUCAAGCAGGAUGGGUUCUUCCCUGCGGAUUUACUUUUUCUUGCCAGUACAAAUCCGGAUGGUGUUUGCUACAUUGAGACCGCAAAUUUGGAUGGGGAAACUAAUUUGAAGAUCAGAAAGGCAUCUGAAAAGACUUGGGAUUAUUUGACUCCUGAGAAAGCGUCUGAAUUUAAAGGUGAAGUGCAAUGUGAGCAGCCAAACAAUUCAUUAUACACUUUCACAGGCAAUCUCAUUAUUCAAAAGCAAACAGUACCUCUUACUCCAAACCAGAUCCUGCUGCGAGGAUGCAGUCUCAGGAACACUGAGUACGUUGUCGGGGCUGUUAUUUUUACAGGGCAAGAAACGAAGGUUAUGAUGAAUACCAUGAAUGUUCCCUCCAAAAGAAGUACAUUAGAGAGGAAACUCGACAAACUCAUACUCACACUUUUUGCUACUCUUUUUGCUAUGUGUCUAAUUGGAGCCAUAGGCAGUGGUGUGUUCAUUGAUCGCAAGUAUUACUACUUAGGUCUUCAGGAAGAUGUGGAAAAUCAGUUCGACCCUAAUAAACCUUUUGUGGUUACCAUUCUGACCAUGUUUACUCUUAUUACUCUAUACUCAACAAUCAUCCCUAUUUCUCUUUAUGUUUCAAUUGAGAUGAUCAAAUUUAUUCAGUGUGCUCAAUUUAUCAACAAAGAUUUGCAUAUGUAUCAUAUUGAAACCAACACCCCUGCGUUGGCUAGAACUUCCAAUUUGAAUGAGGAACUUGGACAGGUGGAGUACAUUUUCUCUGAUAAGACUGGUACUUUGACACGAAACUUGAUGGAGUUCUUCAAGUGCUCUAUUGGAGGAGAGGUAUAUGGAACUGGUGUGACUGAAAUAGAAAGGGGAAUAGCAGAACGGGACGGAAUUAAACUUAUGGAAAGCAAAAAAUCAGCCAAUACAGUACAAGAGAGGGGAUUUAACUUUGAUGAUGCAAGGCUUAUGCGAGGAGCUUGGAGGAAUGAACCUAAUUCAGACAUUUGCAAGGAAUUUUUUAGGUGCCUUGCUAUAUGUCAUACUGUGCUUCCUGAAGGUGUUGAGUCUCCAGAGAAAAUUACAUACCAGGCUGCAUCACCAGAUGAAGCUGCCUUAGUAACUGCUGCAAAAAACUUUGGCUUCUUCUUUUACAGGCGAACUCCUACAAUGAUAUUUGUUCGUGAAUCUCAUGUUGACAAGAUGGGGAAAAUCGAAGAUGUUUCAUAUGAAAUUCUAAAUGUUCUUGAGUUUAAUAGUACGAGGAAGCGCCAAUCUGUUGUUUGCCGUUAUCCAGAUGGCAGGCUUGUAUUGUACUGUAAGGGUGCUGAUACUGUAAUCUAUGAGAGGUUGGCUGUUGGGAAUGAUGAUAUAAAGAAAGUAUCUAGGGAACACUUGGAACAAUUUGGAGCUUCUGGAUUACGUACUCUUUGUCUGGCUUAUAGAGAUUUAAGUCCUGAUAUAUAUGAAAGCUGGAAUGAGAAGUUCAUCCAGGCUAAAUCUUCUCUACGGGAUCGUGAAAAGAAGUUGGAUGAGGUGGCAGAACUCAUAGAACAGGAUCUGAUUUUGAUUGGGUGUACUGCUAUUGAAGACAAGCUUCAAGAAGGAGUUCCAACUUGUAUAGAGACUCUUGCUAGAGCUGGUAUUAAGAUUUGGGUCUUAACAGGGGACAAGAUGGAAACAGCAAUAAAUAUAGCUUAUGCAUGCAAUCUGAUCAAUAAUGAAAUGAAACAGUUUAUCAUCAGUUCAGAAACUGAUGCCAUUAGAGAGGUUGAGAGCAGGGGUGACCAAGUGGAAAUUGCGCGCUUUAUCAAAGAAGAAGUUAAAAAAGAGCUAAAGAGGUGCCUUGAGGAAGCACAAACUUAUCUUCACACGGUUUCUGGACCAAAAUUAGCACUUGUAAUAGAUGGGAAGUGUUUGAUGUAUGCAUUAGAUCCAAGUUUGCGAGUGAUGCUACUCAAUUUGAGCUUGAACUGUUGUUCAGUUGUUUGCUGCCGGGUUUCUCCUUUACAGAAAGCACAGGUGACAAGUCUGGUCAAGAAAGGUGCACGGAAGAUAACACUUAGCAUUGGUGAUGGUGCAAACGAUGUAAGCAUGAUUCAAGCUGCUCAUGUUGGCAUUGGAAUAAGUGGGCAGGAGGGGAUGCAGGCAGUGAUGGCUAGUGAUUUUGCAAUUGCCCAGUUCCGGUUUCUUACAGAUUUACUUCUUGUGCAUGGACGUUGGUCAUAUCUUAGGUUAUGCAAGGUUAUUACAUAUUUCUUUUACAAGAAUCUCACAUUCACUUUGACUCAAUUUUGGUUCACUUUUCAAACUGGAUUUUCUGGUCAAAGGUUCUAUGAUGACUGGUUUCAAUCGUUAUAUAAUGUCAUUUUUACAGCUCUGCCUGUGAUCAUGGUUGGGCUUUUUGACAAGGAUGUUAGUGCAUCCCUUUCCAAGAAAUAUCCUGAAAUAUACAGAGAAGGAAUAAGAAAUGUCUUUUUCAAAUGGAGGGUUGUGGCAGUAUGGGCUUUCUUUUCUGUCUACCAGUCUUUGAUCUUCUAUUACUUUGUCACCACUUCCAGUUCUGGUGCUCAUAAUUCAUCUGGCAAAGUAUUUGGUCUUUGGGAUGUCAGCACAAUGGCCUUCACUUGUGUUGUAGUAACUGUCAACCUGCGUCUUCUUUUGAUGUGUAAUUCAAUUACAAGGUGGCAUUACAUUAGUGUUGGAGGAAGCAUUUUAGCAUGGUUUUGUUUCAUUUUCUUAUAUUCUGGUAUUAUGACUACGUAUGACCGACAGGAGAAUGUCUACUUUGUCAUAUAUGUGUUGAUGAGUACAUUCUACUUCUAUGUAACAAUUAUUCUUGUUCCUGUUGUUGCACUUUUGUGUGACUUCAUUUACCAGGGGGUUCAAAGGUGGUUCUUCCCCUACGAUUAUCAGAUUGUUCAGGAAAUCCAUAGGCAUGAGCCUGAAGGUAGAACCAGGACAGAGCUGUUGGAGAUUGGAAAUGAGCUCACACCACAUGAGGCAAGGAGCUAUGCCAUAGCUCAACUGCCACGAGAAUUAUCAAAGCACACUGGCUUUGCAUUCGAUUCACCUGGCUAUGAGUCAUUUUUCGCUUCUCAGCUAGGUGUAUAUGCCCCUCAGAAAGCAUGGGAUGUUGCUCGGAGAGCCAGCAUGAAGUCAAGACCAAAGAUAGGACAAAAGAAAUAAAUUGAAACAGAGAUUCUUGUAUAAAGUUCUCAUUUGGACAUUUAGCUGUAGAAAUAUUUGUAAAUUAGCUGUGCCAUAUCUUAGAUUUUUUGUUUUCUUUAUAUAUUUUUCUCAAUUUUGUUACA